AUGUGCGUAUCAUGUGCGUAUCAUGUGCCGAUCAUCUACUCAUCUCCUGCACUGCCCUGGCAGGCUGCUCUCCCCCUCCUGAUCUUUUACCCGCCACUGGCUGACAAUCAUCUGCCUGGCAAGGGCCUGCCUGUCUGCACCACACCCGCCCAGCAGCCCGUCCGCCCACCCUGCCUCUUGUGCGCCAACCACACUCCCCAACCUGCAUCCUUCGCACGCGCGUGCACCCCACACUGCCCCCCUCCCUCCCCUCUGGAGGGGCCUUGCAGUUCACUCGGCCGCUGCGCUGCUGCUGCACACGAACCCCUCACCACCUACCCACUGCACUCCCCGCCCUACCAUGCCCCUCACCACGCACCGCCUCACACCAUGCCUCUCACCAUGCCUCUCACCAUGCCUCUCACCAUGCCUCUCACCAUGCCUCUCACCAUGCCUCUCACCAUGCCUCUCACCAUGCCUCUCACCAUGCCUCUCACCAUGCCUCUCACCAUGCCUCUCACCAUGCCUCUCACCAUGCCUCUUACCAUGCCUCUCACCAUGCCUCUUACCAUGCCUCUCACCACACACUUCAUUGCACCUGCACCGGACAGGGAGGCGCUAGAAGUGGUGGCUCUGCCGGAGCUGAGAGUGCUGCUGCCUGGAGUGGACACGUGUCUGCACCUCAUUGGCCCUGCCAUUCCACCGCACAUGUGA